AGAAUCUACGACUGUUCCAUUCCUGCAUUUGUGACCAUUCUCAACACUUCCCUGUUGCCAAUCAGGGGGCCAGCCUGGUUAUUCAUCCUCGAGACACGACUCGGAAUUCUGCCGGUUUGCCAACGCCCGGGCGGCACGCUUGCACGCGCUGUGACAUUCUACGCGCGCCUGACCAUGAUGCAAGAUGCAACUCCUCGCGCACACCCCGUGGUCCGUGUGUCCCAUUAUGAGCACGAUCCCAUUGCCAAACAGCACUGCCGAGAAAAGAAGACCGCAAAUGUAUGAUAUUAAUUGCGGAAUUCGAACGAGAGUGUUUACAAGUCCGCCCUCGGCCUACAAGUUCGACUACUCGAUCCACGACCCGAACACGAACGACAUCAAGUCCCAGUGGGAGCACCGCGACGGCGACCUGGUGAAGGGGGCCUACAAGCUCCUGGAGCCGGACGGCAGCACCCGGCUGGUGGAGUACACGGCGGACAAGGACAACGGUUUCCACGCCACCGUCACGCGUGAGGACGGAGAUCGGGAGCCCCAGGAGCCCCCCUCCGGCUCGGCCUUCCCCUCGGGCCUCGACGACUACUGACCCGCCAGAUCGGAUACCGACCGUGGGCGAUUCGCCCGCAGCAGUCGUCAACGUGUCUCUACCUAUUUGAUGGGAAGUAAGUUUCACCGAUCCUAUGCGUGAACAUGUUCAUGAAGUAAAUAACUAUCAUUGCUCAACCGUUAAACUACUUACAGAAAUUACUUAAAUGGGACAACUUCAAUUUUUUUUUGAAAUUUCAUCAAACGUUGUCUCUAGGUACAUGAUAACAGAUGGUCAAAUUAUUUUAUACCAGACUACAAAAACUAACUUGAACAAAGAGCUGGCUCUGGAAAGGGAGUCUAUGUACUUAUGCCAUGACCUAAAAUACAAUUGUAAAUGCAACAAUGUAAUAAUUGCUUAAACGACUGAAAAUUACUAGACGCACUCUCUUUUUUAAACAUUGACUGAUCUUUAAUACAUGAAACAGUUACACUCAAGACAAGAAAAAUUUGCAAAUUGUACAAUUACAAUUUGCAAUUUACAAAUUGAAAAAUUGAACUGAAAAAGAGUAUUAUUUUUAAUUAAGAAAAAAAACCAAUUAUGUCGAAACACUAAACUGUUAGUUUUACGAAAUUCUCCAUCACAAAACGUAGCAAGUGCUUGAAACAGGGGUGGCAGAAAAAGCUUGCAAUUUUAUAAAUACUGAAGACAUUUUUUUUUUUUUUACAUUUUGUAAAUCAUAUCGCAAUUUUAUGAGAAGCUGCUCAGAAUAUAUUGCUGAGUACGCACUGCCAAAUUUUCAACUUCUAUCUCAAUCAUGAUAUGUAAAUUACUUGGGAAACUUUUUUCAGGACCGGGAAAAUGACAUAUUAUAAGCCAUAAACUCAUUUUAUGCUUUGCUUUAAAAUUAAGGGGAAUCGGCGUUUUGGGCUCUUCGUGUAAACAACUCUGUAUGAAAUCUAAUAAAAAAAUUAUUAAAUUAAAAUUGAAAGCAAUUUUACGGCGCUAAUUUGCUUUAAGGGUGGGAAUUUUUUUUGCUGUCAAUUUGCUUCCAUUUUUUAUACUUUUAUACUUUACAACCGUAUAUUGGACUGGUUUAGGUAAGUGUAGAUAUUCUACUUUUUCAAGUCUAUGAAACGAACAAAUUGAACUAGUCUUGCAUUUUUCAUAAUAUACAAGUGCUACAUAAUAUUUAGGUGCGAUAAUUUCAAGAAAUUUGUUAUUUUUUAGUGCAAACUGAUCAUUCUUUCAGAGACUGUCCUCGGCAUUGGGUUCCAACGUAAAAUCCUCCUGGAUUUGUUUUGGAGAAAAAUAAAACUUUCAAAUCUAGGUCACGAGAAUUUUACGAGAGUGAAAGUUUUGGUAAAUCAUAGCAGACACCACUUCAACAUCAUUGAAAAUAAACAAAACUUUUCACUCAGGUAAAUAUCUGAGGCAGUUUCUAAACGUAUGAUCUAUGUUUGUGCUUGGAAUUCCAAUUGAUCCAGUUGGUAAUUUUUUUUAUAUUUUAGUAGUAAGGUGUAUAGGUACUUAAGUUUUUCUUUGAAACAAGUAGGAAAGUAAUUAGUUAUGUCACAGAAACUACACUUUUAAUUUUUUACUUUAUUUCAUAGAUGUGUGAAGAAUGAAUUUUAAGUUUGUAAGUAAUUUUCUUAGGGGAAAAAUGAUAUGCAGUUUAAUGCAUUAAACUUCCGUAAACCGAAUAUCAAUAUUUUUUUAUGUUUGUGCUUCCAUUACAUACGCCGUUACAGGCAAUUUGGUUUAUGUUAGUUUUUGAGUAUAUAUGAAUACUAGAAUUAAACUUUUAGUACCUGUAAA